UUUUAGUUUUCAUACUUACGUCUUGUUGACAAGUUCACCGCUGGCCGGUGAUAUUCAUUGAUACAGAGUGGACUAUUGCACAUAUACUUAUAUACUGUUUUUACUUAUACACAAUAUUUUAUUUAGUAUUCUUAUUGGAUUAAUUUACCAAGAUGAAGAAAGUUCUUAACACGAGAGUGAACGUCAGUGGAUUCAGAGUACACGUGUUUGUGUGGGUGUGUGUUGCCGCGCUGGUCGCAGCUACUGAAUCUGUAAUGACACUAGGUAAAUCAAGCACGAACCACGAUGAGAUGCUUGCUCUUUUAGAACGUGAUGGACUGAUCCCCGUUUCCCACAAUACUUCCAAGACGGAAAAGAGUUCUGUCACGAAAUACACGGAACAUUUUCAAGCGGCUGUUCCUGAAGUUCAAAAACAAACGAUUUACAGUCGCGACACAGACUUCGUUUUAGACAUGGAAACCGAUUUUUUAAUUCCAGCGGGUCCGUUACUACAAAGGAAAAGACGUCAAGUACUCCAGACGGACCUGGUCAUAGGGUCUGGUGGUGUACCUGCAGAAGGUAAUUAUGUUCAGCAGAAUCGUGCCACGUUUAGGAGGUCGAGCGCUCGCUAGACGGGUUUCUGAGCGUAACUUGACCAAACACGCACGCACGCACACACAACACACACAC